AUGGCGUCAUCAAGAGCUCUCACCUCAGUCCAGUCUCUCGUGAAGCUACUCGCUCCACUUAAUGUCUCUCCAGCUUCUCCAGCAGUUCUGGUUCGUUCCUUCGCCUCCUCCACUCCUCCAGAGAAACGCUCCUCCACUCCUCCUCCUCCUCCUCCUCCAGAAUCCGACUACUACUAUUCUGAUGACCACUACCAUGACUCCGACAACGACGAUUCCGAGCAGGAUACAGACCACUCUUCUGACUCCGACCACAACGAUUCGUACUCUAAAGAUUCUGAUCUGGUGAAUCCCUUUCUGGAAGAAGGGCCAGAGAGUCCCUUCACAGUGGUGAAAAGCGAAGAAGCCAUGCAUGCGAGGUUGGACAUGCCAGGGAUCAACAAGGAAGGGCUGAAAAUGUGGGUUGAGGACGACUCUCUGUACGUCAAGGGAUCGGAAGUGGUAGAUGAUCCUCAAUCUCCAUUGGCGAUGAAGGAUGGCCCGAGGAAGUACUCCGGCGACAUUCAUGUCCCUCAGAGCCACUACAAGGCGGAGGAGAUCGAUGCCGAGCUCAAGAACGGUGUGCUCAAGAUCAUGGUCCCAAAGGUCAAGAAACAAGUCAUCAAUGUGAAAGUCAAAUGA